GAAUCUAGGCCUUUGACUUUUUAAAUCUGUAUAUAAUAUGUUAUUAUAUGUGGUAGCAGAAUGACACUAUGUUCUCAAACAAAUGUGAUUGUUCUGAUUUGUGUUUGUAUUUCUAAGUUAUGUCCCAGACAUAACCUCUUGUCUGCGGCUGUAACCUGGUGUCGAGAGCACCAAUUCAGACUAUUGGAGAUCUCUCACAUAGGAAGUGGUCAUGAAAAAAAACAAAGGUACUGAAAGCAGAACUAAUUUGUCUGGCACAGACAGACAGACAGACACACCAUCAGGCUGGCAUCUAUAAGCGGCACCAUGAAAACCAACUGCUCCUUCACUGAGGUAGACCGCCUCAUGAAAUCACUGGAACUUGCCAUCUAUGUGCCCAUCUUUGUGUGCGGCCUUGUCCUCAACAUCCUGGCCCUAGUUGUCUUCUGCUUCCUCCUCCGCAAGUGGACAGAGUCCACCAUCUACAUGACCAACCUGGCCCUCCUGGACCUCCUUCUCCUCCUCCUGCUCCCCUUCAAGAUGCACGCCACCAUCAACCACUGGGAGGCCCAACACCGCUUCCUCUGCUCCUUCCUGGAGAGCCUGUACUUUGUGGGCAUGUACGGCAGCAUCUACACCAUUGCCUGCAUAGCCAUGGACCGCUGGGUGGCCAUAUGUCACCCCUUCCGCGCCAAGCAGCUCCGCUCCCGCCGGGCCGCUCUGGGGACUUGCAUCCUGGUCUGGGUGGUGGUGCUGGGGGGCACCUCACCCAUCUACUCGUUCCGCACGGCCGGAAAUGGGUCCUUCCACUGCUUCCACGGCUUCUCGGAGAAAGGCUGGCGCCCAGAUGUGAUCAGCUGCCUCUUGGGCUUUGGGUUUGUGGGGCCGGCCCUGGUGCUGGUGGUGUGUUCGGCCCAGAGCAUCCGGACACUGAGGCAGUCCGGAAAAGAGAGCCAUAAGAACAGAGCCUGUGUGAGGAUCAUCUACAGCAGUCUCUGUGCCUUCCUGGUCCCCUUCACGCCUAGCCACCUGGGCAUCCUGCUGCAGUUCCUGGUACGUCAAGACGUGAUCCAGGACUGCAUGGCCAAGACAAAUAUCAGCCUGUUCCUGCAGGUGGCCAUGAGUCUGGCCAACAUCACGUGUUGUCUGGACGCUCUGUGUUACUACUUCAUCACCAGGGAAGUGAGGACCUCCAAGCAGACCUUCACCUUCAGGAGGUCCAGGUCCAUCAGCCAGAGAAGAGCUACCACCAGCACCUCAGAGCUCUGACAAGACCCAUGGAGGGACAAACACUGAGCAGAACUGGUUUAAAUUAUGUUUCAACCAGUUUUGCCCACUGGGAAUUACUGUGUGUGUGAAAUCUUACUAGCUGUGUGAAAAAUUCUGCCACUGUUUGAGGACAAGGGACAUUGAGUAGGAAAUAGGAGUAUUUAUAAUUGACCUAUGCAUUUUGGCACAAUUUUUCCUUUUGACCUUUGGCAGCCUUACCUCGGACAAGAGUUAACCCUAUGAGACCAGAUAUUUUAAUAUAUUUCACUUUCACUAUAUUUCACUGCUUCACUUAAGUAAAACGUUUUAAACUUCUUUGACUACCACAAAAUACUUUUAAAGAGCUGAAGCAAUUCAAACAAAACAUUUUCUUGGAAAUGUUCCAUUUCAUUACAAUUGUUUGUGCCUUGUGCAAUGCCAUCUAUAUGUGUACUGUAUGUUCUGACAAGGGACUCAUGAGACUUUGUCAUCAGAUGAGUGAUGUGGGCUAAGACAGCACACCACUAGUUUCAACUGACGGCAUACGGAGAAAACCUAAUUUGUCUGUGCGUAUGCUGAAUGUCACUGUGGUUACGAUAAAACACAUGUAUACAAACUAUGCCUUCAGAAAGUAUUCAUACCCCUUGACUUUUUCAAACUGUUGUUCUGUUACAGACUGCAUUUAAAAUGGAUUAAAUUGCGAUUUUUGUGACACUGACAAAAACACAAUACCCCAUAAUGUCAAAGUGGACUUACAUUUUUACAAAUUAAUAAAAACAGUAAAGCUGAAA